UUUGGUAGUGAUUAGAUUGCCUGUCAUUAUGACACAUUGUUAUUACGGGUGGAGUUUCCUAAAAAAAGAAAUUAGUGCUUCUCUACAAAUCUUUUUUCCACCUAAAACGCUUUACACGUUUAACAUUCAUUCGUUGGUUGAAUGUGACAAUAAAAAUCAUCAUGGGUCAUGUACUUGCUACUACAAGUUCAUGGAAAAUAUUAAUAAUCACAUUUAUAACUUAUUUGAUCAACCAUUUUGUGGUGGUCGCAAGUCAGCAAUAUUCCGCUCCAAUUUUAUCACCCUCUUCUUCUGGGGGUGGACCUUAUUUUUUUAAUUCAAGUUCCUUCCACUCCCCUCGACCUGGUCACCUUCAUCCCGGACCAGGUCAUCCCUUGUCACUGCUUUCUCAAUAUGAGGAGGAAGGAUCCCACUUCAGUGGUGAGGGUUCCGUAAGAGAUGAAUCUGGGGCAGCGUCAUCGUCAUCAUUUGCUGGAUCAGGAUUUCCGCCUUCCAGACUUCCUCCUGGAGAAAGCCAUUAUCCUUCUGAAGUUGGUCGCCCGGUGGAAAGUCCAGGACUGGAUUUUGAGAAUCAUGGUCAUUCACAGCAGAUUCCGACGAGUAAAUCAAAAACGAUCUCUGGGGACUACUGCUGGGAUCCAUUGUUUGGAUGCGAUACGCCGAGAACUAUUCUGUACUGUAUUAAUGGGCGCUGUACUUGUCCCACUGAAUGGACCCUUACGCCCGGAAAUCUGCCCUUGAACACGGUCUGGGAGCCUUCGUCUAAACGUUGCGUCUCGCUUCUGGGGUCGGGAUGUCACGUUUCUCCGUCCACCAUUGGGAACGGAUAUGUAUACUGUCAGCCAGGAGUGCAAUGCAUUCCUCACCCGCAGUGGAGAGAGGUCGGGACUUGUGGGGCAUCAUCACUUAGAGUCAUCGGCGUCCUUUUAAUAUUUAUCGUUUUGAUACUUCAACAAUUUGUGGAAUGCAUAUUUAAUUUAUGAGAUUUUAAAUAAUACACAAUUUUAUUAGUCAA